AUGUGGCUGGCAUUUGACCCCUCCAGCAGUGCGGCUACACCAGCAGCUCUCCGCCAGCAGUGUUAUGUUCUCAGCACGACACUCAUUACUCUCUCCCGCUCCUCCCCCCUCUCCCUCCCUCGCCUCAGCUACGUGCCAUUUGACUUCCACCACGACUACGUGCCAUAUGACUUCCACCACGAGUGCAGGGUCACCAAGUAUCACCACCAGCAGCAGCUUGCGCCGGACCAAACACCACCUUUUUCCAUCCCUCUUUUUUUGCCUGUUGCUCUUCUGGGAACUCCCCUCCCGCCCGCCCCCCUCCCUCUCACACCAGCUAUCUACGUGCCCUUUGACUUUCACCACGAGUGCGGCGCCACCAAGUACCACCAGCUCUCUGUGCUGGACGAUCAGAUUGGCAAGGACAUGGAGACCCAGGGGUUCUUCCUGCAAGGCAAGGACGGAUUCUUCCUGCAAGGCAAGGAUGGGUCGGUGCAGAAGCAGCAGCAAGGCACAGUGCGCACCAACUGUGUUGACUGCCUUGACCGCACCAAUGUCACUCAGGUGGGUCCUCAGGUGCCUCUCAGGUGCCUCUCAGGUGAUCAGCAGCACGACACAGUGCGCACCAACUGUGUUGACUGCCUUGACCGCACCAUUGUCACUCAGGUGGGCUCUCAGGUGCCUCAGGUUGCAGCAGCACGGCACAGCGCGCACUUCAACUUCCUGAUUGCACUACUCAGGUGGGCUCUCAGGUGCCGACCAGGUGGGCUCUCAGGUGGCGCGCAGGUGGGCUCUCAGGUGGCAAGCAGAUCACUGAGCUGGUUCGUGCGGCACGUGCAGGGGGACGAGCUGAGGCACAUGGGGCUACACGGUGACCCACUGGUUCGUGCGGCACGUGCUGGAGGACGAGCUGAGGCGAAUGGGGCUGCAGGGAUGGGACUGAAUAGACCCUCCUUCACCUCCCAUCCACUUGGCUCUCCCUUCCCCACUUGGCCCUCCCUUCCCCACUUGGCCCUCCCUUCCCCACUUGGCCCUCCCUUCCCCACUUGGCCCUCCCUUCCCCACUUGGCCCUCCCUUCCCCACUUCGCCCUCCCUUCCCCACUUCGCCCUCCCUUCCCCACUUGGCCCUCCUCUGA